AUCCAAUGCUAGGGGACAGGACUCUAACACAAAGCUCUUCUCUCUGCUGAAAGAUACGGGCAUCUGUUACUGCAGGGUAAGGGACACCCCAACCGGAGAGAAGACGGUUAAAAACAAAUCUCCGGAUUGAAGAUGAAGAUGCUCUACAUAUCAACGCUGCUUCUCAUCACUCUUGCAGCCCUGGAGGCCAGGCCGCAGACAGCAGGCUUAGUACAAAAAUGUAAAUCUGGUCCAAUGGAUCUGGUCUUCAUAAUCGAUAGCUCAAGAAGCGUCCGGCCAUUCGAGUUUGAAACCAUGAGAAAGUUUAUGAUUGAUAUCAUUAAUUCUCUAGAAGUUGGCCUCAGCACCACCAGGGUCGGGGUGGUUCAGUAUUCUAGCCAAGUGCAAACUGUGUUCUCUCUAAAAACUUUCUCCAACAAGUCCGACAUGGAAAAGGCCAUCAAUGAGAUCAUUCCCCUGGCACAAGGAACAAUGACUGGGCUGGCAAUACAAUACGCCAUGAAUGUUGCUUUCACUGAAGAGGAAGGAGCCCGACCUUUGUCCAAAAAUAUUCCAAGAGUAGCCAUCAUUGUGACUGAUGGGAGACCUCAGGAUCGGGUUACGGAAGUGGCUGUUCAGGCUCGGGAGGCAGGCAUUGAAAUCUACGCUGUUGGAGUACAGAGAGCAGAUGUAUCUUCUCUAAGAGCAAUGGCCUCCCAUCCUCUUGAUGACCACGUCUUCCACGUAGAAUCAUUUGAUCUUAUACAACACUUGUCUAUUCAAUUCCAGGACAAAUUAUCAUGCGUUGACAUGUGCACUGAAAUGGACCAUGGAUGUCAGCAUAAAUGUGUAAAUAUCCCUAGUUCCUACUACUGUGAAUGUAACGAGGGCUACAAACUCAAUGCAGAUGGGAAGACAUGUUCUUUGAUAGACCUCUGCGCUCAAGGAAAUCAUGGCUGCGAGCAGAUCUGUGUGAGCUCCCCAGGAUCCUACUCUUGCACAUGUCGGGCAGGGUACCAACUCAACGAGGAUAAAAAGACUUGCUCACUGAUAGACCUCUGUUCUCAAGGAAAUCAUGGCUGCGAGCAGAUCUGUGUGAGCUCCCCGGGAUCCUACUCUUGCGCAUGUCGGGCAGGGUACCAACUCAACGAGGAUAAAAAGACUUGCUCAAUGAUAGACCUUUGCUCGCAAGGAAAUCAUGGCUGUGAGCAAUUGUGUAUCAGCUCCCUUGGUUCCUAUACUUGUGCUUGCCGUUCAGGGUACCAACUUAACAAUGAUAAAAAAACCUGCUCAAUGAUUGACUACUGCUCCUACGGCAAUCACAGCUGCCAGCACGAAUGUGUGAGUAUACUGAAUGGAUAUUACUGUCGCUGCAACGAGGGCUACACUUUACAAGCCGACGGCAAAACAUGCGUAGCUGAUGAUAUGUGCAACAUUGUGGACCAUGGAUGUGAAUUUAAGUGUGUCAGCACCCCUGGAUCAUACUACUGCAUCUGUCCAGAGGGACAGGAACUCCAGGCAGAUGGGAAGACCUGCAACAAAUGCUCCACUGGUUACAUUGAUUUAGUAUUUGUGAUUGAUGGUUCCAAGAGUGUCCGACCUCAAAACUUUGAGCUGGUAAAGGAGUUUGUAAUCAAUAUUGUGGAUUCCUCGGCCAUCUCUGCACAAGGAACACACAUCGGUCUGGUCCAGUACUCCAGUCGCGUCCGAACAGAAUUUCCCCUCAGUCAGUAUACAAAUGGCCAAGAUAUCAAGACAGCUGUGAAGAACAUUCAGUAUAUGGAGAAAGGCACCAUGACCGGCCUAGCACUGAAACACAUGGUGGAGCAAAGUUUCUCUGAGGCAGAAGGAGCAAGAAAAAAUGUACCCAAAAUUGGCCUGGUAUUCACUGAUGGACGUUCUCAAGAUGAUAUCUCUGAAUGGGCUAAGAAGGCUAAGGAGGCUGGCAUAACCAUGUACGCCGUGGGUGUCGGGAAGGCUGUUGAAGAUGAACUAAAUGAAAUUGCUUCUGAUCCUGUUAACAAACACUCCUUUUACACAGCGGAUUUUAGCACAAUGAAUCUUAUUGCUGAGGAUUUAAAGCUUAACAUUUGCCCAGAGGAGAUUAAAGGUACGACUGAGACAAAGAACCCCUGUGACUGCGAGCACCUCGUCAGCUUCCAGACAAGCACCAUUGCAAAGCUCGAGAGCCUUUCGGAACAACUGGUUCAGCUGAACGCAAGACUCGAAGAUCUGGAAAACCAGCUCGUCAGCAAAAAAUGAAAGAAUGAAGGCGAAGACCUUUACUAACUUCAGUCUGUGUGGCGUUGCUGCGGUCCAGCGGCAUCCCAUAGUAACCCUCCGAAAGAAGGCAACCAAGUACAAGCCAGGUCCGAGUUGUAAAACUAUCCAUAUUAUAAAUAAAUGUGAAUAGAUUUUUAUUAUUAAUGUUAUUAUUAUAUUGUUACUACUUUUAUUAGAGGCUUUGCCCAAAAGGUGGGGAAUUUAUAGUAGUUUAUAGUUUAGGGUCAUUUUUUUUUCUAUUUUGAAACUUUUGAGACGUUUUUUUUUAUAUAUUAUUACAUUUAAAUAGUGCCUCUUUGUGGAAUAAAUAAGCUAAGCAAAGGAAUUUUUUACAAACAUUUUACAAAGCCCAAUAAUGAGUAGGUUGGACUAUUAAGGUGGGCUUCAAAAUGGCUUCUGCUGUCAAGUGGGUUUUAUUUGUUAAGUGGUGAGGAUAUAACCGACCCAUAGUGAUGAAUCCUGUAUUUUGUCCAAGAGAGUUUUAGUGUUCUGUAUUGAGGGUCUGUAGAUCAAUGCAUCAAAAUGAAGAAGGACAAGUUGAUGUCCUAAAGAAGAUCAGCAGGUAUGAUUCUAAAAAAGCUGGAGAAUUGGAUAUAUUUUCAUUUAGUUAUCUACAAGAUAUGCCUUUGUGUAAUGCCAAGAGUGCCUUAUGGCCUGUAGCCACCUACAAAGCAUUGGAGCUUGGAGCAUCUAUGCCAGUGGUUCUCAACCUUCCUAAUGCCGUGACCCUUUAAUACAGUUCCUCGUGUUGUGGUGACCCCCAACCAUAAAAUUAUUCCUAGGACCAUCGGAAAUAUGUGUUUUCCGAUGGUCUUGGGUGACCCCUGUGGGUCCACAAAAGGGGUCCUGACCCACAGGUUGAGAACAUCUGAUCUAUGUGCAGUUCAUAUGUGGAAGAGAAUAAACUCCUAGCUGAAUAUUGACAAGCUGAAGAGCCUUCCCUUGAGUUGUUUUGGAAGAUCAUGGCCUCACUUAAGUUACUGGUCUUUCAUGUAGGUCGGGCUAAAGGCAGAGAUCUCUCCUAGAGAGAUGGCUUCCUAAAGGUGCCCAUACAUGUGAAGAUCCGCUUGCUUGGCGAGGUCACCAAGCAAGCGGAUCUUCUCCCGAUAUCCCCACCUGCAGGUGGGUGGGGAACAUGUAGGCUAAUGUGGGGCCAAAUGAUCUAAUUAAAAUGGCGGCAAUGGGGCAGUCAGUUCGAGGACCGCAUCAACGAGCCGAUGUGGUCCCCGAUCCGACUAAAUCUUUUGACCUGCCUGAUCGAUAUCUGGCCAAUUCCAGGCCAGAUAUCGGUCAGGCAGGCCCCUCAUUUCUGCCCCUACAUGGGCUAAUAAGCUGCCGGAUCGGUCGAAGGGACCAAUAUCAGCAGCUACAAUCGGCCCGUGUAUGGGGACCUUAACAUAGAAACAAUUAGGUCUUAGAGAAAACAGACCUUGGUCAAAAACAACAGGAAUAUUUAGGAUUGCCUAUCCCUUUUCUCCAAAGUCCAGAGAUCAGUUUCAUGGACAUUAUAAUACAACAGACUUGUCAAUGAAUGGUUUUUAAUGGUUUCCAAAGAAAGCACAAGUCUGCAAUUAGAAUUGCACAUUUAGAAUGGGACUUUCCUGGACUUUCUGUGCUAAGCUGGGGGCAUCAGUGUAGUAUCCAAUGGGAGAGCAGAGGCUACUAGAAGAUGUUAAAUAAGCCUAAAUAUAACAUGAAAAUGGCACUUUUACUAGACACAUGACCUGGAACUCCAUUCCAAUGUUUUGAUGGCAACAAUUGGCCAAUACAAAAUGAAUCCAUGUUUAAAACUACCUAUGUAUGUAUAUAGCUCAAGAGAAUAUUUGCAACUGCCAUGUGGGUAUUGGAAUUUGAAACUGUCAGUUUAAUAAUUGUAACUUAUAUCACUAGAUAUGUCAAGACUCGUUUGUCAAACUGUAACAACAAUGUGUUAUUUUGAAGGCAAAAUUGCAUCUGUGACAAACGAAUGUGUCGUUCUUAGCAAUCUCUGUAACAUUUUGUGUGACCGGCCCCAAUUAAGAAAAAAAUAAAUGAUCUUUUUUUUUUUUUUUUA